UGUGUGUCAGUGGGGCAUGGCUCAGGCUGUGUCACAUGCAGUCAACACAUGAGCCGUCUGCGAAGGCAUGCCAGUGCCCGACUCCUCCGCUCCCCUCCUGGCUAGGAAACAAGCGCUUGCUAAUCCCUGAGUGAACAAGCAACCCUCACCCACAUAGAUACAGAGAAAUCGCCAACCUUAGCAGCCCCAAUUAGAAGCACGUGGAAGCGGCAAUCGUCACCGGGGCUGCCUUCUGGAAUCUAAAGGCAUUUGGGCAGCUAGCGGCUCAGGAGUGAAUACACCCGAAGGAACAGCAGAGGAGAAAGCUGGGGGGCCAAAGACAACCCCUCACCCCCACAGCCCCUGACACUCCUGCCUGCCUCUCCGAAAGGGUGAAAUUAAGGACAAGCAAGACAGAGAUCACCAUGGAUAACAGUCCUGGCGGCGUGAUCCUCUACGUGGGCUCUACGGCCGGCUCCAGCCCCACUCCGGGCAGCCCACCCGGCAGCUACCUGGUGCCCUCCCCACAGCACUCCCUGCCCUCAUCGUUGGAGGAGCUGACACUGACCGAGAUCGGGGUCAUCAAGCCGCAGGGCUCCAGCUCGCCAUCCUCACCUAAGGUGGCCUUCCAGUUCCCGGAAGGGGUCAGGUACCCCAGCAAGGGCCAGUCGCCCCCCACCCAGAGCAGAGUUGCUACGGCCAAGCAGAACAGCGUGACCGGCACCUUCACUAAGACGGGCGGGAUGGUGCUGCUGUGCAAGGUGUGCGGGGACAUCGCCUCCGGCUUCCACUAUGGCGUCCACGCCUGCGAGGGCUGCAAGGGCUUCUUCCGGCGCAGCAUCCAGCAGAACAUCAACUACAAGAUGUGCGUGAAGAAUGAGAACUGCAUGAUCAUGCGCAUGAACCGCAACCGCUGCCAGCACUGCCGCUUCAAGAAGUGCCUGGCCGUCGGCAUGUCCCGCGAUGCGGUGCGCUUCGGGCGCAUCCCCAAGCGGGAGAAGCAGCGCCUACUGGACGAGAUGCAGAGUUACAUGAACAGCCUCAACGAGGCCCCCAUGGACGUGGGGCUGGGGCCCGAGGGGGAGGCACCCCCCAGCCCCGACGCCCAGGAGGAGGAGGCCAUCGGCGCCAUCUCACGGGCCUAUCAUGACAUCUUUGUCAGCGGGCAGGACCGGCUGGGCAAGCAGGCUGAGCCUUACCCCUCGCUCAGCUACACCGACCAGCAGCUCAAUAACGGUUACGCCUACGGGCAGUACGACUCAGCUGGCCUGCCCCUCUCCGGCUAUGGUGCCUGCCCCCAGGAGGCCACCAGCUAUGUGGACAACGGGCCCCGCCGCUUCGGCAACGACAUCUACCAGGCCCAGCAGGCCGGGUACCUGGCCAACGCUGGGCACUACCCCACCUUUGAGUACAGCUACUCGGAGGGCAGCCCCCAGAGGGCAUGCCCCUGGCGUUCCACCACCAGCAGAGGCAUUGCGUGCCCGCUGAAUGCCAGCCCAUACUGCAGCAAUGGGAACAGCAGCCAGCAGGUGUGGGAGGAGUUCUCCCAGUGCUUCACGCCCGCUGUCAAGGAGGUGGUGGAGUUCGCCAAGAGCAUCCCAGGCUUCCAGUCACUCUGCCAGCAGGACCAGGUCAUGCUCCUCAAGGCGGGCACCUUCCAGGUGCUCAUGGUGCGGUUCUCCUCCCUCUUCAACCCCAAGGAGAAGGUGGUGACGUUCCUGAGUGGUGAGACCUACUCGCUCUGCAGCCUGCGCUCCAUGGGCAUGGGCUGCCUGCUGGACGCCAUGUUCGAGUUCAGUGAGAAGCUCAGCUCCCUCGGGCUGGAUGCCCAGGAGAUGGCGCUCUUCAUGGCUGUCGUCCUUGUCUCGGCAGAUCGCUCUGGCAUCUCAGACGUGGAUGCCGUGGAAAUCCUUCAGGAGACCCUCAUCCGGGCCCUGCGGACUCUGGUGACAAAGAAGCACCCCGACGACUCCACCCUCUUCCCCAAACUCCUCCUGCGCCUUCCCGACCUGCGGACCCUCAACAACCAGCACUCGGAGAAGCUCCUGGCCUUCCGGAUCGAUCCUUAAGCCAACCGGAGACACCCGCCCUCCGAGCCUAGGGGGAAAAGGAUCAAGAACGGUCACCGGACCCAGCCCCUCAGGCUGCAUUUAGCUCUUUCGAAGAUGAGGACGGAGGGCUCUGGCGCUGCCGGGCAGCACGUGGCCUGUCGGAGCCGGGCUCUGCCAGCGCACGUCCCCUGACCCGGGGCGAGUGGGUUCAGGAGGAGAGUUCACACCUCCCGCACAGCGCUCUCUGCAGCACAGCAAGGCCUGGAGAGCGAAGCAAACAUGCGUCCGAACUGACCACACCAACAAAGACACAGUGUAUAUAUGUGUAUAGAAUUCUCUCUCUGUAUUGUGUUGAGGUUCUAGUCUGUAUAUAAGAACCUGGAUAUGUUGUACAUACAGCGCAUCGGUAGAUCUCGGGGGGAUGACUCACCCCACUCAUGUUUCAUUUGACGACCUGGUUCCUUCUUAGGGUGCACGCUGUUUUAUCCCAUUCCUCUCCACCUCCACCCUCCAUCCGUACCAGCCCUCUCCUAUGGAGAAAACAGCACAGAUGGCUUGUGGAGCUGCGCUCUGUGGAUGGCAUAAGAUAGACUGGAUCAGAAAGUGAUAUUCAAGGAGCCUUUUCGUCAGGGAUGGUAGAAGCACUCAUCCGGUCCCCAAAUCCCGACCUGAGGCCAAACAUAGGAUGGUGUAAAUCAGGAGGGACUCACUAAAGUCAAUGCUGUGCUUUUUCCUGGCUGGUAUUUUUUAAAAAUGUCUCUUGCCAUCAGGGCUUUCAGGGUGUUUUUGGAAGAGGCUUGGCU